GCAAGUGUUCAGUUACAGUGGAUGAAGUCUUUUCCUAUAGCUGCAUCCAAGCUAUUUAGUUGUGAUCAGAUGAUCAGGGUUGCAGGAACUGAUUGGAGAGCUAGCUGGCUACAGCUGCAGUGUAGGCUGCUACCAGGGACAAGGAACCACUGUUUUACAAACAUAGCAUCAACAUAGAAGUUAUUUUGUGGGCUUCAGGAUGCAGAUAUGGGCUGUGCUGCCAGCAUUGUUCUGCUUCAAGCCUUUCGUUCAGUGGUACAGAGGAGCUGUCCCCAUAUCUGCACGAGAAGGCAGGAGGAUUUGUCACAUGAAAUAGUGCUACAGGAUGAUGUGGAUGAGAUAAGCAGACCACGAACUCUAAUCAUAAUGCACGAGAAACCUAAGCUUUUAGAGCCCUUGGAUUAUGAGUCUGCUAUAUCAGAACUAGAAAAUGUGUACUGCAAUGACCCACUGAGAGAUCUGGUGCUGUUCCCAGAGGAUGACUUCUCAAUAGAAACUAUUCCAUGGGUGACACAGACUGUUUAUUCUACAGUGCCCGAAGAUGCUGAAGAAAAAGCAGAACAUCUCUUAGUCAAGGAGGCCUGUAAAUAUUACAAUUCACAUUGGCAUGUAGUGAACUACAAGUAUGAGCAGUAUGCUGGAAAUUUCAGGCAGCUACAACAAAAUUAUACCAAGAUAGAAAAGCUGCCUUCACAUUCAUUUGAACUGGAUCAUGAAGAUGCAGACAAGGAUGAAGAUACGACUUCCCUCUCGUCUUCUAAAGGAGGAGGCGGUGGGGGGGGAGGAGGAACAGGAGUUUUCAGAUCUGGCUGGCUGUAUAAAGGGAAUUUCAAUAACACUGUAAACAAUAGCGUUACUGUGCGUUCCUUCAAAAAACGAUUCUUCCAGCUUACACAGUUAUCAGAUAACUCUUACAUUAUGAAUUUUUACAAAGAUGAAAAAAUAUCAAAGGAACCAAAGGGAUGUAUUUUUUUAGAUUCGUGCACUGGAGUUAUUCAGAAUAAAAUGCUAAGGAAGCAUGCCUUUGAGCUAAAAAUGAAUGACUUAACAUACUUUGUGCUGGCAGCCGAAAAUGAGCAGGAUAUGGAUGAUUGGAUUGCUACUCUUAACAAAAUCUUACAAAUAAAUCCAGAAGGAACUAUUCCAGAGAGGAAAAGUACAGAUCUAACAGAUCAUAAACUUGAUAAUCCAGGGGAAGAUCUGAUGAAUUUAGAAUCCCAUCAUGAAGAAGCAGAUUUAACAGAGAACUCUUUACAUCCUGAUUUUGCAAAGUAUAUCACAGAAACCGAAGAAAGCAUAAAAGCUGCAAGAAUUGCAGAAAGACUUAAUCUGUUUUGUCUUGAUCCAGAUAUAUGUAUAUCAAAGCUGCAGAAAACAGAUAUAUCUGCAAAUGACACUGUGAUCAAACCAUUUGAAGAAAAGAAAGCUAAGAGGAUUAUGAUAUCUUGCAAAUCCCUCAGUCUGAAUCUUCAAGCCUGUGUCACAGAAAAUGACAGUGAUCCAGUGACUAAUAUUGAACCAUUCUUUAUAAGUUUUGCUGUGUUUGAUAUAAGAGAUGGCCGGAAGAUAUCAGCCGAUUUCCAUGUAGACCUUAACCAUGAUAUUGUAAGACAGAUGAUUUCUUCUUGCACAAGCUCUGUGGAAAAUGGAACAACUUCACCUUCCAUUAGCCACUCAAAAGGAUCAGAAGAACCUCAUGUGCAGAGUUAUUUAGAGAAAUGGCUGCAGUACCCUAGACAAGCAGUUUUUUCAGUAACAAAUCCACAUUCAGAUGUGGUUUUAGUUGCUAGAAUUGAAAAGGUUCUCAUGGGAAAUAUUGCCAGCAGUGCUGAUCCAUAUAUUAGGAAUUCCGACUCAAGCAAGUCAGCCCAGAAAGUAUUGAAAUCAACCAAACAGUUUUGCAGUAAACUGGGGAGAUACCGUAUGCCUUUUGCAUGGUCAGUAAGGCCAAUAUUUAAAGAUAAUAAUGGGACCAUUGAUCGAGAGUCCAGGUUUUCCCCUUUGUUCAGGCAAGAAAGUAACAAGAUCUCAACAGAAGACCUGAUUAAACUGCUGUCAGAAUACAGAAGGGCAGAAAGGAUCAGCAAAAUACAAACAAUUCCUGGAAACCUGGAAAUAUCAGUAGACAAUGUUCCUAUGGAACAUCCGAACUGUCUUACCUCAUCUCUAAUACCACUGAAGCCGUUUGGUGAAUUAGAGAAACACUCAAUUACACUUGAAGUGGAAGAAUUUGUUCAAGCAUCAACCAAAUAUGUCCUGCCUUAUAGAACCUAUAAGAACCAAAUUUACAUAUACCCCAAGCACCUCAAAUAUGACAGUCAGAAAAGCUUUAACAAGGCAAGGAACAUAAUGGUGUGCAUUGAAUUUAAGAAUUCAGAUGAAGAAGGAAGUCAACCGCUAAAGUGUAUAUAUGGGAAACCUGGAGGUCCUUUGUUUACAUCAGCAGCAUAUACCACAAUCCUUCAUCACUCACAGAAUCCAGAUUUCUAUGAUGAGGUGAAAAUUGAGCUCCCCACUCAGCUUCAUGAGAAACAUCACAUUCUGUUUUCAUUUCAUCACGUCACCUGUGACAUAAAUGCAAAAGCUAAUGCCAAAAAGAAAGAGGCUCUGGAAACACCAGUUGGUUUUGCGUGGCUUCCAUUAUUGAAAAAAGAGCAGUUGAUGUCACAAGAUCACCUUAUACCUGUUGCAACCUCUUUACCUCCAAAAUAUUUGAGCUUUGAAGAUCUUUCUACAGGAAAGCAAAUUGGGAAUGACAUCAAGUGGGUAGAUGGAGGGAAACCACUUUUUAAAGUAUCAACAGUUGUUGUAUCAACAGUAUAUACUCAGGAUCCCUAUUUAAAUAUCUUUUUUCAGCAGUGCCAAAAACGAGAAAAUGAUUUUUCCAAGCCUGCAUCUCCGCACUUUAUGAGCUCCUGUAAGAACUUGCUUGGUAUUGAGAAGAUUCAUGUUGUUAUCAGCUUUCUCCCUGUUCUUUUGAAUCAAUUAUUUAAAGUUCUCACUCAAAAAAACGAUGAUGAUGUCAUCACUAUCAUUACCAGGGUGCUAACAGACGUUGUUGCUAAAUGCCAUGAAGAACAAAUGGAACAUUAUGUCCAUUCCUACGUAAAGUAUGUCUUUAAAACAAACUCCAAUGGGGAUCGGACUGUCCAUGAAGAACUUUCUAAAGGCAUUUCCAUUCUCUUAAAAUCAAAUGAUCAAGUUACAAUAAAGCUUGUAUUACGGCAUUGCUGGUUCUUCUUUGAAAUUAUUAUUAAAUCCAUGGCCCAGCACCUCCAUUGCAAUAACAUCAUGCAGGUUCAACGCUCUAAAAGGUUUCCUGAAACAUUCCUCAGUGAAUUGGAAUUGCUUGUGAUGAGUCUCUCAGAUCACGUCUUCUGGAAGUACACAGAUGCCCUGGAAGAGACAAGAAAGGCCAACCUGAGUGCUGCCUGCUUCUUAAAGCGUUGCUUCACCUUUAUGGAUCGUGGUUUCAUAUUCAAGUUAAUUAGUAGCUAUAUUAGUAUGUUUGGUCCAGGUGAUCACAAGAUUUUGCAUCAGACCAAGUUUGAAUUUCUUCUGGAAGUCUGCAGUCAUGAGCACUUUAUACCACUCUGUUUACCUAUCAAAUCUUCAAACAUUCCAGAUAUAGUUUCACCCUCAGAUUCCACAAAAGCUUUGCAAGCAUCAGAUAUACCAGAGUACACCUUAACUGACGACUUCUGCCGCAAACACUUCCUGAUUGGGAUACUCCUUAGGGAGGUAGGAUUGGCAUUACAAGAAGAUCAGGAUAUUCGGCAUCUUGCUUUGGCUGCUUUAAGAAAUGUGAUGUCCAAACAUUCUUUUGAUGACCGUUAUGCAGACAAGGAAAGGCAGGCUCAAAUAGCAAUUCUAUAUCUGCCUCUCUAUGGCCUUCUCUUGGAUAACAUGCCUCGGAUAUUCAUGAAGGAUUUAUUUCCAUUCACAAUGAAUACAUCCAAUCAGGGCUCUCGAGAUGACCUGAGUACAACUGCAGCCUCUCAGUCAGCUCUAAAACAUGCUACCUCUGCAGACACUUCCUUCUCCAAAGAUGUUCUGAAUUCCAUAGCAGCCUUUUCCUCAAUUGCUAUCACUGCAGGAAACAAUACUGACUCAAGGGCCUCGCUAGCAAGUCUGGAGUCUAUUCCUAGUACAAACGAGAAGAAUAGUGACAAAGCUGAAAACUGUGAAAAGAUUGCAAGACCUUUGUCUCUCAUUGGGUCAACCCUUAGGUUUGACAAACUUGAUCAGGCUGAAACCAAAAGUCUUCUUAUGUGCUUCCUGCAUAUAAUGAAAAUGAUAUCAGAGGACACACUCAUCUCGUACUGGCAGAGGGCUCCUAAUACCGAGAUAUAUGACUUUUUCAGCAUUCUUGAAGUGUGUCUACAAAAUUUUAGGUAUCUGGGAAAAAGAAACAUUUUAAGGAAAAUAACAACAGCAUUCAAGCUUGCACAGGCUAUACAGAACAAUGGGACACUGAAAGGAUCAAAUUCAUCAUCACAAGCAGGUCUUCUACCACAAUGGAUGCACUCUACAAAUGAUGGUCAUAGACACCCUAGGUCACAAACACUGCCCAUAAUACGAGGCAAAAAUGCCCUUUCUAACCCCAAGCUGCUGCAAAUGAUUGAGCUAACAAAUUCUAUUGCAAGUUGCUCAAAUGAAACUGACAUAGUACAACACCUUGAUAUAGAGGCCAAUAUUGCCACAGAAGUCUGUAUUACUGUCCUCGAUCUAUUGUGCCUGUUCAAUUAUAGUUAUCAGAGGUUACAGUCUUCUGAUAACCAGAAUGUUUUGAUGAAAAAGGUUUUUGACACACAUUUACUUUUUCUGCAAAUCAACCAGUCGGCUGCUUCUUUACGCCACGUCUUUGCUGCUUUACGGAUAUUUGUGAGCAAGUUCCCUUUUGCGUUUUUUCAAGGACAAGCUGACCUUUGCGGAUCUUUCUGCUAUGAAGUUCUGAAAUGCUGCAACCAUCACUCACGUUCAACUCAAACUGAAGCCUCAGCUCUUCUAUAUUUCUUUAUGAGAAAGAACUUUGAGUACAAUAAGCAGAAGUCAAUUGUGAGAUCCCAUCUGCAGCUCAUCAAGGCAGUAAGUCAGUUGAUUGCAGACGCGGGAAUUGGUGGCUCUCGUUUUCAGCAUUCCCUGGCAAUUAUAAACAACUUUGCUAAUGGAGACAAACAAAUGAAGAACACUCAUUUUCCAGCAGAGGUCAAAGAUCUGACAAAGCGUAUCAGGACAGUGUUGAUGGCAACAGCCCAGAUGAAGGAGCACGAGAAAGACCCUGAGAUGCUGGUGGAUCUUCAAUACAGCUUGGCCAACUCAUAUGCCAGUACACCCGAGUUACGCAGGACCUGGCUGGAGAGUAUGGCAAAAAUUCAUGCUAGGAAUGGAGAUUUAUCCGAGGCAGCCAUGUGCUACGUCCAUAUUGCUGCCCUAAUUGCAGAAUACUUAAAAAGGAAAGGUUACUGGAAAUAUGAAAACUGCCAGGCCCGAAGCACGCUUCUGGAUGAUGCACAGGCCUCUGAUUUUAACCAGUUACUAACCUCCACCAGUGGAAAAUGCUUAUUUUCUAUGGGAUGGCCAGCGUUCCAGAGCAUUACUCCAAACAUCCAAGAAGAGGGUGCCAUGAAAGAGGACUCUGGGAUGCAAGAUACACCCUACAAUGAGAGUACUCUUGUUGAACAGCUGGAUCUGUGUAUUGAUUACCUAUGGAAAUCUGAGCGUUAUGAGCUUAUUGCAGAUGUGAGCAAGCCAGUCAUUGCGGUGUUUGAGAAGCAACGAGACUUUAAGCGACUGUCUGAGUUGUAUUACCGUAUCCAUCGUUCUUAUCUAAAGAUUGCCGAAGUGGUAAAUGCUGAAAAACGCUUGUUUGGACGUUACUAUCGAGUUGCUUUCUAUGGCCAGGGUUUCUUUGAAGAGGAAGAAGGCAAAGAAUAUAUUUAUAAGGAGCCAAAACUAACUGGGUUAUCAGAAAUUUCUCAAAGGCUGCUCAAGCUGUAUGCUGAUAAAUUUGGAGCUGACAAUGUCAAGAUUAUUCAGGAUUCUAACAAGGUAAAUCCUAAGGAUCUUGACCCCAAAUAUGCUUAUGUGCAAGUUACGUAUGUCACGCCCUAUUUUGAUGAAAAAGAGCUUGAAGACAGAAAAACAGAUUUUGAAAAGCAUCACAAUAUUAAUCGAUUUGUGUUUGAAACACCAUUUACAUUAUCUGGGAAGAAACAUGGAGGUGUAGAAGAGCAAUGCAAGAGGCGCACAGUGCUUACAACAAAUCAUUCAUUUCCAUAUGUGAAGAAAAGGAUACAAGUUAUAAGCCAGACAAGCACAGAGUUAAAUCCAAUUGAAGUUGCUAUAGAUGAAAUGUCCAAGAAGGUUCAGGAGCUACAGCAGCUUUGCACAAUGGAUGAUGUAGACAUGAUAAGGCUACAACUUAAACUUCAAGGAAGUGUUAGUGUUAAGGUAAAUGCAGGACCAAUGGCUUAUGCAAGAGCUUUUCUGACAGAGACAAAUGCCAACAAUUACCCAGAAAGUCAUGUGAAGCAUUUGAAAGAAAUAUUCAGGCAAUUUGCUGAUACCUGUGGGCUCGCCUUAGAGGUGAAUGAAAGACUUAUUAAGGAAGACCAGUUGGAGUAUCAAGAGGAAAUGAAGUCUCAUUACAGAGAAAUUCUCUUGGAACUCUCUGAAGUCAUGAAUGAACCAAUUACCUACCGGGAGGACCAAUCAAAGCAGCAAGGAUCAGACAAGCAAUGUGUCCUUCGGUCAAUCAGUAGAACAAACACUGGCUGCCAAAACACAUCAUCGAAAGCAGAGUUUUGAAAAGGACUUUUUUUUUUUAAAUAACACAACUCAUUUCAAAUACUGCCUUGGUAUUCAGAUCAAUUCCAAAGGACCCAUCUCUCUGGAGCAUAGAUUGUAAUUUUUAAUUUAUUUUUAACUGUCACUGCUGAUAUGUGUAGAUGUCGUUGUGCAGUCAUGUUGCCUACACAAUGAACAAGGAACCUGAUUAACCCCUUAUCUUCCUCUGAGGGGGACAAUAUGUGACAAGCGUAUGCUAUUCAUGCUUAACCUAAUAUGAUCCCCUCUGCUUAUAUUUUAAGACAUAAAUUUAAGUUUUGUAAUAAUUAAGAAUAUUUACAUUGCAAAUUGUACAUAGAAGAGGUGUAAAAAAAAUGUCAUUUUUAUAGAAUGGAGAAUGUCUACUUUAUGCCCAUGAGAUAACUAAGAUUAUAUAGAAAUCAAUAGAUAAAAGAUUUAUUAAAGUAUUUGUGAAUGUA